ACGAAACAUUGUCAUUUAGCAUCUUACGCGCCGGCCAGAAGCGUUAUUUUAGACAACUCACCGAAAUCGAGAACUGUUAGAAAGAAAACGCUGACUGAAAAGGGAAAGCAAUACGCGAAGGAAUUUAAAUCAAAGMAAAGAAAUACCGCUUAUAAGAACUUGAAACAGCAAAUUACUAAAAUCUUGAGUUUACGCGACAWUCCAGAUGUAGAUCUCGAAACACUUGAGAAAGAGAGAGACACGCUAGACCAUCUUAAAGAGAUUUUAAACGAUCUACAAGGAGAUUACGACUGCCUCCUGGAGACAGAUGUAGAGAGAGAGAGUUCGUAUUGAUGGUUUGAUCUUCGUGACCGUGAAUACAUGGAGUGCCGUGUUAAAGUAUGCGAACGACUCCAUAUAGUAGAAAGAGAGUCGUCACAUGAGUCGUCAGUAAAAUCCGGUGGCCGUCGUUCUGUGAAGUCUCAUGUUUCACAAAGGUCUAGAAUCUCUAAGGCAAGCUCGUCUUCAACGAAGCACCUUUCGAUCGCAAUAGUUGACGCCACCACUAAGUCAGCAAAAUUGGAGGCUGAAAUUGAGCAUCUAGACAAUGAGAAGCAGAGCAGACGCUUAAAACUAGAAAGAGAUCUGGCAAUAGCAACCGCAGAGGAAAAGGCGUUGAAACAAUUGUCGAGUCCAAACGAAAUCCAAUUAGCCAUUAAGGAGGAGAUAAAUCAAGUCACGUCUAAGACGGAAAUAAAAACUCCGCACGACAUAAAACCACAAAAGAUCGAAAACACUCAACAAAUUUUCGAUCCAAAUGCUACUCCAUUACCCUGGGAACCAGAGGCUGGAUUUACUCGUUCUUGUAGUUUAUAUACGGCGCGAAGCGCCGUCCUUGAGGCCGAAGGMCGAACCGUAAACCAGCCUCUGGCGGCACGGAUAGCGAAUCUCACUUCCAUGUCAGUGUUUACAUUCAAGAUCUGAAUGUUGCAGCUGAUUGGUCCGUUGAUAUCAGAGCGAUAUUAUUGGUUGAAAAUCAAAACCGRUUUUCAAUCAGAUACUCGACGAAGAUUCUACGAUAAAGUUCUUUCACAUUAGAUAAUUCUUUGUCCUAAAAGGUUUAGACUUUCGAGUUUUUUUAAAUUCCAAGUGAAGGUGAGACAUGUAGCUGCUAGCUAUAAAUUCAAAAGCAAAUAUUUUCUCUAAAAACGAUCUUUUCUCCAGAUGAAUUGCAAGUCCCCUGUCUACAAAUUCGAGAGGCUGCAGCUAUACACUUUGCAGAUUCGUAAAGUCUUGCUUUAACGACAUCUUCUGGGGAUUUUGCUUAGUUUACAUUCUGUGAGAAUUCUGAUACACGACGGAGAUCAGUGACCCGUAACAUCUGACAACUUAUCUUUCGUCGAGUAUCUGAUUGAAAACCGGUUUUGAUUUUCAACCAAUAAUAUCGCUCUAAUAUCAACGGACCAAUCAGCUGCAACAUUCAGAUCUUGAAUGUAAACACUGACAUGGAAGUGAGAUUCGCUAUCC